AUUGACGUUUCCCACAAUUCAGAGAAGAUUGCGGCUUCAUACAACAAUCUUACCACUGCAAUAUGGACAGUAACUACGGGGCAUAGUCUCCAGCUCCUAUCUAUGGACAGAGCUCUGAGGGGCUCAUUUGUCAGUUUCUCUCCGAAUCCUGAGAUUGUAGCGACCUUAUCUGUACGUGGAGGUGUCCAUCUUUGGGAAGUGUCGACGGGUGUCUGCCUCCGCGCGUUUGACACAAAUGGGCCAGUGGUUAGCCAGCUCGCCUUCGUAUCAGACACAAACCUCUUGAUCGUGAAGGAAGCUGAUGGAGAAAUUCGAACCUUGGACAUCGACACCGGUCGUUGGACAUCUCGAGCCUCAGGCGGAGAAGUCACACGUGGACCUGUGGCUUUUUCACACGACUCGAAGCUCAUUGCG